CAACCAAAUUAAGAUCAACAAGUUCAAAAGACAGAAUUGUUGCAGAAAGAAAAAGGAAGAGAAAAAAGAGAAUAGAAGGCAUUAUAUUCACUGUUAAUGGCUACAGCUCUGCAAAACAAUUGCAUUUCACCUUUUCUGUCAUCAAACCCAUUCUCACCUUCAAUACCCUCGACGACGCAGUACUUUACAAGUCUUUCUUUUUCGGUAGUAAAUCCGUUAGAGACCAGUUGUUGCAGAAGAGCAAAAUUUACAGCAAAUGCAAAGAAAAGGAACUCAUGGUUAGACCCUUUUGAUUAUGGAGAUGACCCAGAAAUGGGUUCUGGUUCAAUGUAUGCAGAAGGAAAGCAAGACGAAGACCCGAGACCACCUGAGGAUCCAAACAAUCCGUAUGGGUUUCUCAAAUUCCCACCUGGUUUUAUGCCUGAAGUUGCCUCCAUUGGGUCAAAAGUCAGGGGAGAUGUUCGGAGAUGUUGUUGUGUCAUCUCUGGUGGUGUCUACGAAAAUCUGUUGUACUUUCCUGUAAUUCAGUUGAUUAAAGAUAGAUACCCUGGUGUUCAAGUAGAUGUUCUUGCAUCCGCUAGAGGUAAACAAACUUAUGAGUUGAACAAAAAUGUCAGGUGGGCUGAUGUGUGGGAUUCUGAUGAAGAUUUUCCUGAUCCAGCUGAGUAUACCGACAUGAUCGGGAUUCUAAAGGGUAGGUACUAUGAUAUGAUACUAUCUACAAAACUGGCAGGACUGGGGCAUGCAUCAUUCUUGUUUAUGACUUCAUCUAGGGAUACAGUUAGCUACGUGUACCCAAAUGUAAAUGCAGCAGGAGCAGGAGUAAUUUUAUCCGAACAAUUUAUACCAGAUAAACUAAACCUAGCUGAGGAUGGUUAUCACAUGUAUCAUCAGAUGCUCGAUUGGUUAGGACGACCUAGGCAUAAUGUACCAAGACAACCUGUGCCACCCUUGAAAGUAUCAAUCUCCAGGAAAGUGAAGGAUGUAGUAGAGACAAAAUACAAGAAUACAGGUGCGGAGAAAGGGAAAUAUAUUGUAAUUCAUGGUAUCAAAUCAGAUUCGAAAGCUUCAAUGCAAUCUAAAGGGGAUACUGACAGUUUGUUGCCAAUUCAAGUAUGGGAUGAAAUAACAGAGGCAAUAAAGGGGGGUAUUAAGCCUGUAUUCGUCAUUCCACAUGAGAAAGAAAGAGAUGAUGUGGAAGAAGUAGUAGGAGAUGAUGCCAGUAUUGUAUUCAUCACCACUCCUGGACAGUUGGCAGCUCUAAUCAAUGAUUCCAUUGGAGUCAUUGCAACAAAUACUGCCGCUAUACAACUUGCAAAUGCUCGUGAAAAACCAAGUAUCGCACUAUUUUGUUCCGAGGAAAAGGCCAGACUCUUCGUUCCCAAUGCACAAGAGAAAAGAUGUAUCCCAAUCUCAUCUAAAACAGGGAAGUUGAUUGAUAUUGAUGUUGAAGCAGUUAAAAAUUCUCUCCAGAUUUUUGAAGGGGUACUAGCUCUUGCAUAGGAGAAUGGAUAGUUUCUAUUAUUGGUUUUGUUCAAUUGUACAUUCAAUUAUGUCUAAUUACAAAAGAACAAUUAAAGUGAAAUGGAUGUACCCAUGUGACAGGUAAGCAUAUGACAAGUAAGAUCUAUCAGACUUGGAGUACAACAAAAUAAGAAAAUUCAAGUUCUAACUCAA